ACGUCGCGCCCCGGCCCUUCGCCGCCGCCGCCGCCGCCAUGGAGUGCCCUCACCUCAGCGCCAGCGUCUGCCUCGCGCCCGACUCGGCCAAGUUCCCUCAGGGAUCGCCCUCCUCGUGGUGCUGCAGCGUGUGCCGAUCUAAUAAAAGUCCUUGGAUCUGCCUGACUUGUUCAAGUGUCCACUGUGGAAGAUAUGUGAAUGGGCAUGCAAAGAAACAUUAUGAAGAGGCCCAAGUUUCAUUAGCUAAUCACAAGAAAACAGAAAAGCAAGAGAAGAUUCAACACACAGUGUGCAUGGAUUGCAGUAGUUACAGUACAUACUGUUAUCGCUGUGAUGACUUCGUAGUCAAUGAUACCAAGCUUGGCCUGGUGCAGAAAGUCCGAGAGCACCUCCAAAAUUUGGAAAAUUCAGCUUUUGCAGCAGACCGACAGAGGAAAAGAAAACUUCUGGAAGACUCCUCCCUAAACAGCAAAUUGUUAAAAAUAAAUGGAAGCACCACAGCCCUGUGUGCUACAGGCCUUCGGAAUCUGGGUAACACAUGUUUCAUGAAUGCGAUUCUUCAGUCACUCAGUAACAUUCAGCAGUUCUGUUGCUACUUCAAAGAAUUGCCGGCUGUGGAGCUUCGGAAUGGGAAGACUGCAGGCCGGAGAACUUACCAUACUCGGAGCCAAGGGGAUAACAGCAUUUCAUUGGUAGAAGAGUUUCGGAAGACUCUGUGUGCUUUGUGGCAAGGGAGUCAAACAGCAUUCAGCCCUGAAUCAUUGUUUUAUGUUGUUUGGAAAAUCAUGCCAAACUUUAGGGGCUACCAGCAGCAAGAUGCCCAUGAAUUCAUGCGUUACCUUUUGGACCAUCUGCACUUGGAACUCCAAGGAGGCUUCAAUGGUGUUUCCCGCUCAGUCAUCUUGCAAGAGAAUUCGGGUCUUUCUGGUGGCAGUAGAUGCUGCAUAAAUGGCACGUCUACUGUUGUCACAGCCAUCUUUGGAGGCAUUCUACAGAAUGAAGUCAACUGCUUGAUAUGUGGGACUGAAUCCAGAAAGUUUGAUCCAUUCCUAGACCUUUCACUAGAUAUUCCAAGUCAGUUCCGAAAUAAACGCAAGAACCAAGAAAAUGGACCAAUGUGUACAUUACCAGAUUGUCUUCGCAGUUUUACAGACCUGGAAGAACUUGAUGAAACAGAGCUCUAUAUGUGCCACAAAUGUAAAAAGAAGCAGAAGUCCACCAAGAAAUUCUGGAUCCAGAAACUACCAAAGGUGCUGUGCUUACAUCUAAAACGCUUUCACUGGACAGCUUAUCUGAGGAACAAAGUGGACACGUAUGUUGAGUUUCCCCUGAGAGGCCUAGACAUGAAAUGUUACUUGCUAGAGCCUGAAAACAGUGGUCCAGAAAGCUGUCUGUAUGACCUUGCAGCUGUGGUGGUGCACCACGGUUCAGGGGUUGGCUCUGGACAUUACACAGCCUAUGCGACUCAUGAAGGCCGAUGGUUCCAUUUCAAUGACAGCACCGUGACGCUGACUGAUGAGGAGACAGUGGUGAAAGCCAAGGCUUACAUCCUCUUCUAUGUAGAUCGGCAGGCCAAAUCAGCAUCUGAUAAACUUUAAUACCUCUUCCUGCCCUGUGCAUAUCAAGUCCAUCAGACAAAACAUUUCCAAUCCUCCACAGAUACUUGAUCCAAGACUCUUGAUUUCAUUGUGCACUUUUCAUUUUUUUUUUCUUGUGGGAUCUGGUUUUAUUUUGUCAGUAGUAGAGUAUUUGAUUUGUUAACAUGGACACAAGCUAACUGUUGUUAGUCAUACCAGGAAAAAAAAAAACCUCAGAAGAUACUGAUUUGCUACUUCAACCCAAUUUUUAUAUAUAGUUUCAAGAGCUACUUUAGUUGUUUGACUUUGUAUAUCAUUGUAUAUCAAUGUUGGAGUUUGCUUUCUGAAGGCACAUUUACAUCAAAGAAACUGGAAUCCUUCUAAUAAGCACAUUUGUGUACCUAAUUAUGAAAUAGUCUGGAGGCUUUCAGCUGUUUGGGAAGGCUUUUUUUCUUAAGAUCAAGGACUUGUACCAAACACUUUAUGUGUGGACAGUUGUUUGGCUGCCUGUAAAAAGAAAAGGAGUGUAUGAAUUGUGGCCUCAUUCAACAGGCCGUGUAAUCGCUGCUACUCUUUGUCUAUGGAGGCUGC